CAGCUCUGUGGUAUUCGUGUUAUGCUGGCUAUUUUUGAGGCACAUGUUUUCUUGUAAUUUAAAAGUUAUCUGAACAAAUUUAUUACGAUUGUUAAAAUAAAUAUUAACCAUGCAAGGCCCAGCAGUAUUUAUGGAUAUAUCGCUUGAAGAUCAAGCAUUAGAACUUCGCAAAUAUUUCAAAAGUCUUGGAGCUGAAAUUUCUGAAGAAAAAUCUCCAAAAGGAAUUGAAGACGAUCUUCAUAAGAUAGUUGGUGUAUGUGAUGUGUGCUUCAAGGAACCAAAUGAGUCUGAUAUCGAAGCUAUUCUAAACAGUAUUGUCUCCAUAAUGGUUUCAAUUCCAUUGGAGAGGGGUGAAAAUCUUAUUCUUGCUUUCAGCCAAAGGCUCACAAAAGCCCCAGGACCAAGGCUGGGAAUGGUAGCUUUACAGUCUUUAUGGCGCUUAUAUAACAAUCUUGAAGCUAAUUCACCUCUUCGUUACCACGUGUACUACCAUGUUAUUGAGCUGGCUGCACGUGUUGGCUCAGUUCGAGAAGUGUUUACAGGUGUUGAACAGUUGAGAAGAGAGUUCACAAACUGCCCACCCUCCAAUGAGCAGAUGCAGAAACUAUACAGAUUAUUGCAUCAGGUGUUAAAAGAUCAAAAUAGUGAACUGGCUUCCAAAGUAAUGAUAGAGUUGUUGGGUACAUACACUGAUGAAAAUGCUUCAUAUGCACGUGAGGAUGCUAUUAAAUGUAUUGUGACAGCUUUGGCUGAUCCUACCUCAUUCCUACUGGAUCCACUAUUAUCAUUGAAACCAGUAAGAUUCCUUGAGGGAGAAUUAAUACAUGACCUACUUACCAUUUUUGUUUCGGAAAAGUUGUCCAGUUAUCAAACCUUUUACAAUAAUCACAAGGAGUUUGUUCAGAGUCAAGGUUUGAAUCAUGAACAAAAUAUUAAGAAAAUGAGGAUACUAUCGUUCAUGCAGAUGGCAGAAACCAAUCCUGAAAUAACAUUUGAUGAAAUUACAUCAGAACUGCAAAUCGAAGAAAAAGAUGUUGAAGCGUUUAUUAUUGAAGUUCUCAAAACGAAACUGGUACGCGCGCGUAUGGACCAAGCUCUCCGCGUAGUUCGCGUUUCAAGUACGAUGCAUCGUACUUUCGGUCGCGCGCAAUGGCUCCAGUUACGCGACGUAUUGCGCGCCUGGCGAACCAACGUUCAAUCCGCUCAUGAAUCCAUGGAGGGAGUGACUGCUGCCCAGCAAGAAUACGCCGCACAGCAGAAGGCGUAGUCCUUUCAAACUUUAUGACGGCUGUGAAGUUAGCAGCAAGUGAAUUAGGGUAUUUGACAAAUUUGAAAACGAUCUUACGUUAUUUAUUAAUGUUUAUGGACUGCAUAACAAGACUGCUUAAUAAUACAUACAUUAUUCAUCAUCCUGUUACGUGUUUCAGAAAAAAAAACCGAAAUCUAAAAUUCUGCUUUCAGAUAUGCUGUUGAAAGUUUAUCUGUGUAGUAUGGCGUGUUUAUAGCAUAUGCCCAUCUUUUAAAUUUGGCUCACUAACCUUUAUCCUCAAAUUAACGCUUUAGCUGUGACAUAACUGUAAUAGCUAGACAUAUGGUAUCCCGGACUUUUUUGUAGAUAUUGAUGUCCUCUAUAUAACUUUAGUACAUCACUUUGCUCUGUUGUCAACGACUUCCGCAGCGUAAGCGAUAUAAGGUUAUUUAGUAUUUUUUUCACAUCCUGGGCUCUGUUAUCAAAGUUUUCAUACGGAACCCUAACUUUUUUGAAAAUAAUCUAUAAUCUAUAUGUUCAUCAGGGAUAAUGUAGGAUUCUAACGUGAAAGAAUUUUUCAAAUUGGUCCAGUAGGUAGUUUUAGAGCCUAUUAAAUACAAACAAAUCUUUCCUCUUUAUAAUAUUAGUAUAGACUAGUGGCCCGCCCUCGCUUCGCUUCGGUGUAGAGCUGUAGUGUAAACUAUAGUUUUUGUUCUCAGGCUUGUGCUAUAAAGAAUGACUUUAUUUAUAUAAUUACACGUGUUAUUGUGAAUCAACC